CGCUGGCUGAGGGCUGAGAGAAGAGCGCUCAGGAGGAGAGUGUUUGGGAAAGCAGCGACACGCCGCUGCUGUUUUCUCCAAAAGAAAAAAAAAAAAAGGUGGACCAAAGUGUCAGGAGCUGCUAUUCCUUAUGCCAGCACUCCUCCUCACUCCCGUUUACUACCCCUCUCUCUCUCUGUAUCGCCGUGUCUGUCUGCUGACUUCUCAUUGACUCACUCCUCUCUGCUUCAGCUGGCUGACUGAGUGCGCUGACACUGGGACCACUACCUGCUGCCUGGGGAUUAAGCGCGCUAUGAAUACCCGGAGCCUAAUUUGUUGUUUUGGCUGCCAGUGAAUGUUGGAUCCCCACAGAGGAGAAGCUGGUGCAUAAAUCCUUGCGGCCAGGACACUGGGAUCGCCUCUGGACUGAGACAACCCAGUGAAAAAGGGACUGGAUGCUUGAGGAAGCAUAUGAAAGAGAGGCGACGAAUCAGAGAAAGAAAGAAAAGGAUUGGACAAGUUCUUUCCUGAAAGGCAGAAAUAGAAGAAGCUAAAUCAACCUCAGUCUUACGAGGAUCAGGGUGCAAUGAGAACCUUUCCCUCUCAUUAUCUGGUUGGGAUUCUCAGUCAGGGUGCUGACACAAGGAAAGAAAGCCCAACAAAUCUCUGCCUGAAGCUUCUUGGUUGAUUUCUGAUCACACACACGUUUUUCUCCUUUUCUUUCCACGAGUUCAUUCAUUUAGAGCAUCUCUGUGUUUUGCUGCUCAUCCGUAGCUGGUUGGGGGAGAGGACGGCUCUGCACCGACAGGUCGAGCGGGGAUUGGGAUCGUUCUCCUCUCCAACUUUUUCCCCCCUCUCCACUACUUCUUCUGUCCUGCUUUCAGCCCUAGCGUACCAGCGGGGUGGGGGGCAGCUCCUCACCCACUCCAUGAGACCGGCCGGGAAUAAAGGUUAUUGAACCGAGGAGUGGCAGGCACGCAGGAGAGAAGAGGAGGAAAAAAAAACAUCUCCGCAAACCCCGGGAGCAUAUGGCUUAGCGAGAGGAAGCCAGCUGCUUUCCAGCCGUCGUACUAAUCACGCCACAGCAGAUACAAGUUGCUCUGGUGACAGUGUCAGGUUUGGACAGAUCUAACAUGCAUUGGUCGCAUAACUCUUCACCGUGACAAACGCUCCCAGACCAUCAGCCAAAGAAGCCAGUCUCCAGUGGAUACAAGGAAGCAGUUGUUGAGUUAAAGGCACGCUGGGCAAAGCAUUGCUCAGGAGAGCUGCUAACCUUUGUUACCCCAACAGGCAACAGCCUCAGGGAGGCUAAAAAAGAUGCUUCUCUGUCGCCUCUUCGGGAAAUACUUAUGACACAUGUUGUUGGUGAGCACCAGACCUUGGCUUGGUGUGUAAAGGCUUUUGACAAGGAAAGAAGGGGGAGUGCUCUCUGAGCCUGCAUCCCCAGACCUCUUUCGCAUCCAUCUAAUUAUCCGUAAGGGUCGCUGGGAGCAGAGGAGAGGAUUUCAUUUGUGGAUUUACUUGCCUGGAAGUUUUCCGUGUGGAUAUUUGACAAUUCCAAACACCCACAUCCAAUCACACAGAUUUCUGGCUUAGGUGCAUCUCACACACAUACAUGCCAAAAGCGCACUGACGCACAUUUACAAACACAUUAUCACCACCCACUUAAAUCCACACACAUGUUUGCACUGUAAGUAUAAACCACUUCACAACACACACACAUAGUCACAGAUUGAAAGCCCAUUAGUUUGUCCUUUUCCUAGCGGGUACAGCAGAAUGGAGGUCGUGUGGACAGGUGGGGGGCUGUAGGAGUCCCUGUCCCCCUGUCUGUCCUCUUUCCCCAAAUGGAUGUUAUUAUCUCUAAAAAUGUGUUGCUUGGAAACCACUGAAAGCUUGCUGCUGCGAUUCUCUGAUAGAAACAGUCACCGGGUCCUCGCCACGGUGCACAGCUGGAACCGCAGCUGAAACACCGGCCAUUACACGUCUUUUUUUUUGUUGCUUUUUUUAUUUUACAUUCAUCUUCAUCCUCUGCCCUUACCCCACCGCCAUCAUUUUUUCCAACGGGUCUUUGGGCACCCCUCGUCGCCCUCCUCGGCCCGUCAUCUCCUCCACCUUGGAGGGGAGGGGGUCAUUGGAGUGGAGCAUGAGCGGGUGCCACUAUCCCUCACCGCCGCCACAGGAGCAUGACCGCAGGUACCAGCACAAGGUGUCCCUGGUGGUGCGCUACUUCAUGAUCCCCUGCAACAUCUGUCUGAUCCUGCUGGCCACAUCUACACUGGGCUUCGCUGUGCUCCUGUUCCUCAACAACUACAAACCUCCUCACUUCACACCGGCCCAGCCUCCUGAUGGCUGCAGAGGGAUGUUGUGUGGCUUCGGCGCUGUAUGCGAGCGUGACCAGACUGACCCGGCCAAGGCUGAGUGUGUUUGCAAGAGAGUGGACUGUCCGUCCUUGGUGGCGCCUGUGUGCGGCUCAGAUUCGUCCACCUACUCCAACGAGUGCGAGCUGGAGAAAGCUCAGUGCAACACACAGAGACGCAUCAAGGUUCUACGCAAGGGGCCCUGCUCUCUGAAGGACCCUUGCACUGAGGUGACCUGCAGCUACGGGAGCACCUGCGUACAGUCCUCAGAUGGCUUGUCAGCUAAAUGCAUGUGCCCCCUCGGCUGCGAGGGCAAGCCCGUGCAGACAGUCUGUGGCAGUGACGGAAAGGACUACCGCAAUGAGUGUGAGCUCCAUCAGCACGCCUGCAAGAACCAGAAGAACAUACGAAUGCAAUACCAGGGGCACUGCGACCCAUGUAAAGACAGUGAGAACAGUCUGAGCACCAUGUGCCGGGUGGAGGCUCUCACCCGCCAGCCCCUCAUCUUUGGCCUGCCAGAGUCGUGCCCCCCGGGUAAUGAGCCUCUGUGUGCCAGCGACGGCCAAACCUACGCUAGCGAGUGCGCCAUGACAGCAACUGGCAUGCAGAAAGGCAUCAAGCUCAGGAAGAUCCACGCGGGACGAUGCAGAAGGCUAGAGGACUGUCAGGAGGAGUGUCUCUUCAACGCUGUGUGUCUGGUGGAACAGCUGAAUGCCCGCUGCUCCUGCGAUCCCAUCGAGUGCGACGGCACUUACAAGCCCGUGUGCGGCAAGGACGGCCGCACCUACACCAAUGACUGCAUGAGACGCAAGGCGGAGUGUCUGAGCAGGACCCUCAUCUCCAUCAAGCACCAAGGGCCCUGUGAUCUCAGCAUACCGAGCCCCUGUCUGGAUAAGGUGUGCGAUCAUGGGGCGGUGUGCGUGGUCAAGAACAACGAGCCGGUGUGCGAGUGCCCUGAGGCCUGCCCGCAAACAUCCGACCCGGUGUGCGGAUCCGAUGGCCACAGCUACGGCAGCCCCUGUGAGAUGCGAGCGAUGGGUUGUGCCCUGCAGAGGAAUAUUCUCAUCCAACACAAAGGACCCUGUGAUGAGGCUUGUGCCAACUGCUCUUUCGGGGCAAUCUGCGAUGCCCAGAGCGGGCAGUGUGUGUGUGCAUCGGAGUGUGUGGAGUCCCACCAGCCUGUGUGCGGCAGCGAUGGCAGCACCUACAACAGCGAGUGUGAGCUGCACGUGCGUGCCUGCAAACAACAGAUGGACCUCCGAGUGGUCAGCCAGGGAGAGUGCAAAACAUGCGGCAACACUGUUUGUGCCUGGGGUGCCCGGUGUGUCCAGAACAAGUGUGAGUGCCCACAGUGCUCAGGCGAGCCCUUCUCUCCGGUGUGUGGAAGUGAUGGCACCACCUACAACAACGAGUGUGAACUCCGUGCGUCCUCCUGCAUGCGGAAGAGGAGAAUUGAUGUGGCGAAGCCCGGCAGCUGUGAUGAAGACUGCGGCUCAGGGGGGUCAGGCUCAGGCGUUGAGAGCUGCGAACAGGACCGCUGUCGCACGUUUGGAGGCUCAUGGGACGAAGACGCUGAGGAUGACCGCUGUGUCUGUGACUUCACCUGCCAAAGUGUUCCCCACAACCCGGUUUGUGGCUCAGAUGGAAAAAACUACAGCAAUGAGUGCCAGCUGAAGAAGGCCAGAUGUGAGAAACAAGAGCACUUGUUGAUUCAAAAUCAGGGACCCUGUGCAGCGAUUUCAGCCACAUCUCUGCCUGAGCUGACAGCACCCCAGCACUGCAGUCUGUCUGUGUACGGCUGCUGCCACGACAACACAACGACUGCCUUGGGAGUCGGACUGGCUGGAUGUCCCAGUACCUGUCAAUGUAAUGUCUACGGCUCCUACAAGCGAACGUGUGAUCCAACCACCGGCCAGUGCUCCUGUAAGCCAGGCGUGGGGGGACAGAAGUGUGACCGCUGUGAGCCGGGCUUCUGGAACUUCCGUGGCAUCGUGACAGAGAACAUGAGCGGCUGCACACCGUGUAACUGCGAUGCCACAGGCUCCGUCCGGGACGACUGCGAGCAGAUGUCGGGUCUGUGUUCCUGCAAGACAGGAGUGAAGGGCAUGAAGUGCAACGUGUGUCCAGAUGGAAGCAAGAUGGGCAUGAAUGGCUGCGACAAAGGUCCUGAGGCUCCGACUUCAUGUGAAGAGUUAGUGUGCAGUUUUGGAGCUACUUGCAUUGAGGUGAACAACCAAGCCCACUGCGAGUGCCCUUCACCUGACUGUGAUGAGAAAAACAAAACCAAGGUGUGUGGCUCAGACGGGGUGACCUAUGCCGACCAGUGCCAGCUGAGGACCAUAGCCUGUAGACAGGACAAGGACAUCACAGUGCAACACUUUGGACAGUGCACAGAAACCAUCUCUGAGCCGGCAGACCGACCCACCCCCAACCCCCCUGCCACUACCCCCAGCUCAACCGCCGCCGCCACCUUCACCACCCCUGCCCCCUCCCACCCUAACAUGGUGUGGGCCAUGCCGCCUCCAAGGACAACCAACACAGAGACCUCUGAGCAGCCCUCGGCCUCCACCCACCCUCCCACCCCCAUCAACAACCAAGCAGAACCCCGCCACCCCAUCCACAUCCAGCCUCAGCCGCAGUCCACCGCUGCCACCAUCACCUCCUCCUCCAACAGGAGCCCUGCUCCCUCUGCCGCCGCAACCUCCUUUGAUGGCUCAGGUAGCGGGGAGCCAAGCGGGGAUGACCAGACCGAAGAAGAGGAGGAGCAGGAAGAGGAAGCAGGUAGCGGUGUCCCAACAGAGGCCAGUGGGGCAGAGGAACCUGUCGGUCCCACGUUGGCAAGCACCACUGUACCCACAGCUGAAGACAGGUCAUCCUGUGACAACACAGAGUUCGGCUGCUGCCCCGAUGGCAAGACACCGUCCAGCACUCCAGAGGGCGCCAACUGCCCCUCCACCAUGAGGUUCAGCGGUUUCCUGCACUUGGACCAGGUUGAGGGCCAGGAGAUUUUCUACACCCCCGAGAUGGAGGACCCCAAGUCGGAGCUGUUUGGAGAGACGGCCCGUAGCAUAGAGAGUGCUCUCAAUGAGUUGUUCAGGAAGUCAGAGGUGCGCAAAGACUUUAUGAGCGUCCGUGUCCGGAGCCUGGCACCCAGCAACUCCAUCCUGGCCUUUGUGGAGGCCCACUUCAAACCAGAUACAAGAUACACAGUGGAGGACAUCGAAGGAGCCCUGCUUAAACAGCUGAAGGCCUCUAAAGAGACCAGCAUUGCCGUGAAGAAGCCAGAGGACGAGAAUAUUCGCUUCACCAAUUAUGGCCUCUCCUCCAUUCCCGUCUUCACCACUACUACCACCACCACGGCAUCGGUCACCACAGCUGCUCCCACCACCACCACCAGGCCUCCGCAAACUACCCCAUACGUCACCCGCAGGCCUUACAAUGGCAGACGUACGACCACAACCUCCGCGCCGGUCACCACACCACCACCACCCACCACCACCACCACCACCAGGCCUCCGCCAACCACCCCGUAUGUCACCCGCAGACCUUACAAUGGCAGACGUACCACCACCACCACCACCACCACUACCACGACCGCGCUGCCUCCAGCUACCACCAUAGCCCAUGUUCGGGGCAAGCUUCACCACAAGGCCCAGAAGCCCUGCAGCUCCCACCCCUGCCUCCAUGGGGGCACCUGCGAGGAUGACGGCAACGACUUCAGCUGCAAGUGCCCCGCUGGGCGAGGAGGCUCCGUGUGUGAGAAGGUGAUCAGGUACUUCAUCCCAUCAUUUGGGGGCCAAUCAUAUUUGGCUUUCCAAACCAUGAGCGCCUAUCACACGGUCCGCAUCGCCAUGGAGUUCAGAGCAUCCGAGAUGACAGGCAUCCUGCUCUACAAUGGCCAGGAAGGCAAGAAGGACUUCAUCUCUCUGGCUCUGGUUAACGGCAAGGUGGAGCUCAGGUUCAACACAGGUUCAGGCACAGGCACAGUGAUCAGCAAAGUUAAAGUCAAUCAGGGCCGCUGGCAUCAGUUGGUGGUGACACGCAACCGCCGCAAUGCAAUGCUCAGCGUGGACAACGAGCCACACAUCGAGGGCGAGAGUCCACGCGGCACAGACGGCCUUAACCUCGACACCCACCUGUUCAUCGGGGGAGUGCCUGAGGAAAUUAAGCAGGAUGUGAGGGAAAGGACAGAGGUGGCCACAGGUCUGGUGGGCUGCAUCCGCUUGCUGGAUGUCAACAACCGGCUGCUCAACCUACAGGAGAACGGGGGUGACAGUCUGUAUGGCAGCGGCGUGGGUGAAUGUGGCAACAACCCCUGCCAGCCAAAUCCUUGCAAGAAUGGUGCUGCAUGCCAGGUCAAGGAGGCAGAGAUGUUCCAUUGCAAGUGCAGCAAAGGAUUCUGGGGUCCAACUUGUGCUGAUGUCCAUGACCCAUGCGAGCCCAACAGGUGCCAUCCAUCCUCCCAGUGCCAGGCGAUGCCCGAGGGAGGCUACAAAUGCGAGUGUCCCAUGGGACGUGAAGGGAGGCACUGCGAGAAAGUGGCUGAGAGGAGAGGGGCUUACAUGCCACUAUUCAACGGAGACUCUUACCUGGAGCUGAAGGGGCUCCAUCUCUACGGGCAUGAUCUGCGUCAAAAGGUCAGCGUGACAGUGAUUCUCAUGGCCAAUGACUCCAACGGUUUGAUCUUCUACAAUGGCCAAAAAUCGGACGGAAAAGGAGACUUCAUCUCUCUGUCACUCAAUGAAGGGAUCCUGGAGUUCCGCUACGAUCUGGGGAAGGGACCAGCCACCAUCAGGAGUAAGGAACCAAUCCAGCUGAACGUGUGGAACACCAUCAACCUGGAGCGCUCCAACCGCAAAGGAGAAAUCAUGGUGAACAAGAAAGACCCUGUCAGAGGAGAGGCACCGAACCUGCAUGUAGAUCUUAACCUCAAAGAGUCUCUUUUUGUUGGCGGAGCUCCUGAUUACAGCCGACUAGCAAGAGUCGCUGCACUCACGGAUGGCUUCAAGGGAACAAUCCAAAAGAUCAUUCUGAUGGGUACCCCCAUCCUCAGAGAGGAGAACGCCCUGCGCUCCAGCAACAUAGCCAUGUUCCAGGACCACCCGUGUUCCCAUGAGCCCUGCCACAACGGCGGCCGCUGCAACCCCAUGCUGGACACCUAUGAGUGUGUUUGCCUCAGUGGUUUCUCAGGGGGACACUGUCAGAACACCAUCUACGAGAAGUCUGCUGGAGAGACCGAGGCCAUUGCCUUUGACGGGCGGACGUUCAUCGAGUACCACAACGCCGUUACAAAGAGUGAGAAAGCUCUGCUGGUGAACAAAUUUGAGCUGAGCAUCCGAACAGAGGCGACCCAGGGCCUGGUGCUGUGGAGCGGAAAGGGCGUGGAGCGCUCUGACUACAUCGCCCUGGCCAUUGUGGAUGGACACGUCCAGAUGACAUACGACUUGGGCUCCAAGCCUGUGGUGCUACGCUCCUCCGUGCGCGUCGACACCAACCGCUGGAUACGCAUCAAGGCUAGCAGAGCACUUAGAGACGGUUCUCUACAGGUUGGCAAUGAGGCAGCGGUAACAGGGUCAUCGCCUUUGGCAGCAACACAGCUGGACACAGACGGAGCACUGUGGUUGGGUGGUCUGGAGGAGCUGGCGGUGGCCCGUCGGUUGCCUAAGGCCUACAGCACCGGCUUUGUUGGUUGCAUCAAGGACGUGGUGGUGGACGGUGUGGAGCUUCACCUGGUGGAAGACGCCUUAAACAGCCCCAAAAUAUUACACUGUCCCGCCGCCAAAUAACCCAGCAGAGACAAAAUAUUGAGAAAAAGGAAAAAAGCAAACCUCCCACUCGCUCCCUCCAUAGCGCCCAUGUCUCCUGCUGUAAUUAUUUUCUAUUUUUGUAUACUUUUCAUCGCUUUUUAUAUGGAAAGAAAAUGAAUAUGUUGUUUUAAUUUUUGUUUUAUAUAUUUUGUUCUGUUUUUUUUAAUCUGCACCUCCAUAAACAGAACACAUUUUCUUUUUCUUUACUGCCCUGGCCCUUCAUCUUUUUCAAAAAAGCAGGCAUCUCUGUGAAAAAAAGAGAUAUUUUAUUCUUGUCAGUUUUGUUGUUUUAAAACAAACGCCAACUUUAAAAAGAAAAAAAAAGCCUGCUCUUUUUCCACGCUCAUUACUUGAACACUGGUGGACCUCGCCGAUGAUCUCUGGUUACUGCCUUGUCUUGGUGCCAUAUCUAUCGUCCACAUUCCCCAAGCAUGGCCUAUACAUCCAUGAUUACACAGACGUACAUUCCCCCCGUGAGAGCUGGAUGCAGUGUACGCUGUGGCCGGCGUGCGCAGCUCAUUGAUGCUGCAGCCAGCUGGCGUCUCCAGUCAAGAAACUCUGUAAUCAGCCCCGGUAGCCCACUGUAUUUUCCUAAUGGGACUUUUCAGAUAUCAGUCAAGCUGCUACAGUGAGAAAGUACACAGUCAAAACCACUCCAUCAACCCCCAUCUCACAGCGCCGAAAAAAAAGAAAGAAAAGAAAAAACUCUCCGCUCAAUCUGAAUCCCAUCAGAGCCUUUAGUUUUGAAAUAUGACUCACUAACACUGCAAGCCGACAUGACGGAGAGAGCGCUGCGUUCCACAAUGACUCGCAUAUCAUUAGUCAUAAGUCAAGACAUGAAUAAACGUUAUAAAUAUAGAGUAUAUAAAUAAUACCUGAGACUGUGAAUAUGUAAGAUGGGUUCUCUUUGGAGAAUUGUGCUUCUCAUGUACUAUUGUGCGUUCUGUUUUACAAUCCGCAGAUGAACUAAUGAUGACCACUAUAAAUGCAUGCACUUCUGCAGUGUUGGUUUGAAUCUGGUUUUUGUUUGUUUUUAUUUUUGUUUCGUUCCAAAAAAAAAAUCUAUCUAAUUUGGAAAAUGUCACUGUUUCGGGGUUUGUUUGUUUUUUUGCAAUGACUAUAAAAAGGUUUUUUUCUCUUAAUUCCACUGAUGUGAUUUCAGAAACUACAGAGCUUGGAAUAAUGUUUUAUAUUUGUUCGUUCCCUGUAUCUUUUUUGGUCUUUUUUUAUUUUCCUUGGGAGCAGUUAGUUUUGCAGGACCUUGAAUGGUGCAUCAGGGGAAGAGUUGUUACCAUAUCUGACCUUAGGGAGGUGCUGAAAGCAAAGACUGAAGAAAAAGGACAGACAGAAAGGAGGCAAGGAGAGAUCUUAUCAUGGGGAGUCCUGUCCUGUCAAACAACAGUCAGUCGUCAACACAAACAAAAAAGCUUCAAAAAAACUCUGCCCAAGACUUUAUUUCUUUUGGUAUUUGACCUAGGACCAUUCCUGGAGGAGUCUUUUUUUCGGCUGUUGAGAAAGAGAGAGACUGUGAUGUUGUUGUGACCUUCUGAAGCCAUAACAGCCGCAAAAAUGGGAGAAAGAUGCAUAAUCCUACAGUACUUGCAAAUUAACAUAGUAACGCAUGGGUUUGUAUUACUAGUGCGAAUUCUGUAACAUUCAGUGAACUGAUGCAACGUGGAGUCGUCUUUGCUGAACCACAAUAAGCUGCGAUGACUGACUUAAGGACACUUGUUUUGAUAUGAGAACUUUGGCAAUAUUCUAAGACAAAAUCAUGCCUGUUCGUGGUUGAGUAUCAAAUGGUCUUGUGCUAUUUCUUUCUUUCUUUCUUAAGUUCUUAAUUAUGUUUUCUUCUUAAAUCAUCAAACAACCUGUUUUUGUACAGCCCUGCAAUUUUUAAGUGUAAAUUUAGCAAAUGUGUUAUCUGUGGAGGUUUAUGUUUUUAGUAAUAUACACUGGAACCAUGUCUGACUUGUCUGUUCGCCCACAAGAUGAUAUACUUAUGUACAUGGGGGAGGGAUAGCCCUAAAGCUAUUACUGUGUUGUGUGUAAUCAAGCUCUGAGUGUCCACACCAGACCAGGAAACCCUUUUCCUGGUGUUCUAAGACACGUUUAAAUUCCAGCACUCACACUAUUAACCUUAGACUGGUCUUAUUUUACCACACUGUUGUUUGAAUUUGAUCCAUUCAGGUGGUAACGCUCAAUAAAGGAGAGAUUCCUGUGUAUUUGGAUGGACUCAAGAACAAUAAAGACAACCGCAGUCUGUGGUUUGGGUGGAAACUAUUUGCCUUAAAAACCGGUCACCUCGACUCUGAGCAGGUGACAAAGACGUCAUCCAUAUAACUGUUUCCUUAUUUUAGCCAGUGUAUUAGCCUCAUCCCCAUAAUGUAAAGGAGUAAUACAUAAUAAUGAUAAUUAUAUUAGUAAUAAUGCUCAUACACAAAAAAAUCCCAGGGGGCCUCUGCAAAUGUCCCCUCUGGCUUUUUACAAAAAAUCUUCUAUUUACUGUUUUUGGAAUCUAUUUUCUGUUCCUUAUUUAUGUCUACAUGUGGAUUACCCUCCAUGUCUGGCCUCUGUAAACUACUGUCCAACUGCGCAAACCUCCUCAAAGGGCAGUGCACCGAGAAAGAGUGGCAUGACCUGAACAUUACUAACUUUAUGACCUUUGUCUUGUGUUCCUACCACCAUGAAAUAAAAUGUCAACCAAAUGGAG